AUGGUUCAUUUUACCUCCUUCGUGCUCUUUGUUUCGAUUUUGCUUUCGAUCGUUUCGAUUACAGCCCAGACACAGAAUCAGUUGGGUUCAAAAGGAACUCAGCAAUGUACAAUCAACAACAACUUCUACGCUGGAUCGAAUAAGAAGGUCGAAACUGUUAUGUUUGAGAUGAAGAAGCAACUGGAUGAAAUUCAGAAGGAACUUAGAAACUUGACACAGAAAACAAAGAAAGAAAACAGGACUAAAGGUAGCUAUCUGGAUUCGUUGCUUACGUUAUAUCAUUUCAGUCUGUAAAUCAAAUUUAAAUACAACGUACCUACAUUGGUUAUCGUAGAAGAAAGUCUUGGUCCCAAAGAUAUCACAGUUCACAUUGCACUUGAGAGAGGGUUUGUAAUUUCUUAUCCUUAGGCUUAUUUUUGAUAAAAAUAUCUCUAAAUUAUUCUCACCUGAUUGUAUUUUUGACUGUUUUUGCCUAAAACUCAUCCUCCAAAAAUAUUGAAAACUGAUGCCUUGUUAUUAUUUUUCAAAAUUUGCUUUAAAGAUUUUCUCUCCCAGUCCAUCCACAAAAGCUGAAACAAAACUGAAAAGUGCUUGCUUAAGUUGAUAACUGGAGGCAGGGGUCUUUUUACGCCCAAAAUAAAGGGAAAAAAUUAUCACUUAGUCUGCUAGGCCACUAGUUUUUGCUUGACACUAAUUUGAAUUAUUCAUUUUCCUUUAAUUAAAUCUUCUUCUCACUGUCCCUAAGAAAUCCAUUAUCACAAAAACUGUGCUGACGUGUACAAGUCGGGUGACAGGAUCAGCGGUGUGUACACAAUCGACCCGGAUGGCUCAGGCGCCUUUGACGUGUACUGUGAUCAUAGUGCCCCCGGUGGGGGUUGGACAGUGUUCCAAAAGAGACUGGACGGCUCGGUUGAUUUCUACCGCGGCUGGAAUUAUUACAAGCUUGGCUUUGGUAACCUGAAUGGCGAGUUUUGGUUGGGGCUGGAUAAGAUUCAUCGGCUGACCAAGAGUGAACGUUGCAAACUUCGUGUGGAUCUCGAAGACACCGCGGGAAAGACAGCCUAUGCCGAGUAUGACAUGUUUGCUGUAACAAGCGAGAGAACCAAGUACCAGUUAGCAAUUGGAACUUAUUCAGGUAUGUAGGCGUAUCAUCUAAACAGGGCUAGAAAAGUUUAUUGCCCAAUCGCGCCCGCCCCUUGUUUUUUUUGGCUAGAAAAAAAUUUUCUCGAUGGUAAGCAGUUUGCGAGAGUGAUUAUCCAAAAAAAAGUGUAGAGGUAAAGGUGUUCAUGUAAUUGUAGCGAGGUCCACAAUACACACAAACAAGCAACCAUGUAAGACUGUGAAGAUUGUCGGUUGUUAUUUUUCCAAGUUUCUUAAUUUCAGGUUUGGUCGAUGCAGAUCAUGAUCACCGAGUCUUAAGUACUUUUUUGCCUAACAAGUAAAUAAACUGUGUGGCGAUUUGUCUGUAGGAACAGCUGGGGAUUCUUUGACCUAUCACAGAGGCCACCCUUUCUCGACCAAAGAUCAGGAUAACGACAACUGGUCCAAACACUGUGCGCAGAUUUUUAAAGGGGCUUGGUGGCACGACAGUUGUCUCUAUUCCAAUUUAAACGGUCCUUACCAUCAUGGAAAAAUUUCAACUUCAUACGUAGGUGUGGUCUGGUAUCACUGGAAAGGAGCUGACUACUCUUUGAAGAGAGCUGAAAUGAAGCUCAGGCCGGAAAAGUUCUAGGAAAGCUUUGUUACUGUACUAAGCCUGUACAGCAGUAGACUUAAAACGUCUUGAGGACACACGAAAAGUUUCGAAAUCAAAACCUUUACUGAACUAAUUAUAGAGUGAUAAUAUUUUCUUUCGAUUAAGCAUAAGGAAUAGUUUUUUUUUAAUCUCUAAUGAAUUCAAUAAAUUUUUAUAGAUUGAAAAUUUUGGUUGCGGGUUGGUCAUACAGCGUAUCAAAACAAGGUAGCGGUGAUGAUACUGAUCAUUUCUAAAGAAUGUGACUGGAUGACAAAGAAAUAAAUGUUUUUCUAACUUUGAUUCUGCUGAUAUAUAAUGAAAAUGAUCAUUUAUCAAUCACACACUCAACAAUAAAAUAAUUAAGUAAAUAAAUAAAGGUUUAUUAACUGUCAGUUUGAUUGGUUUUCGCACUUAUGUAGCCAGUCUCACCAGUGGGACAUUCACUAGAAGAAUACUCCAAUACGCCUGGUACUUCUUUCGUAUACCUAUGAUCCACGGAUUUAUGAUAUCACAGCCGGUUGAAAAGCUGGCGCGAAGCAGAAAGAUGGACGCCCGAUGCUAUUUAGUUUCUUCAUUAUUUUCACCCACAGGCUAAUGGAAUUUUAUUGUUUCUUGAACUCCGAGGAUAUUGAGAAGAUAUAUUGGCGGCUUUUAAAGCAAAUGUCAUGACCAAACAAAAGAUACUUGGUAUCAUUUUCACGAUAAGCUUGUCAUGAAUAUCAUGCAGCUGUGAGGAAUAUCAUGGCAAGUCUUUCGCUGUUCUCAAACGGUUAGAGUUUGAUCCCAUUGGCCUAAACCCCCUUUGGACACCUUAUGAAGUUUUCACAACUUAGUAUUCCUUAUCGCUCCGGUUUCGAGCACUGGCAACAAUACUGAUUAGGGUUAAGCACUGAAAAUAGUGAUUAGAGUUAAAACAACAACAGAAAAUAUGUGGUGCCAACUUUCCUCACUUGCAGCUAAUGGCUAAAUUGCGGAGGAACCAGAGAGGUGAGAUCGGACGUCAGCAUGUAAAGGCACACUCUUGCAGCCACUUCAGUCCAUGUUUUGAUCACACCUCGUCCACCCAAACGGCACAAGUCAGAUAGACCAUGACAUCGGGGGCCUACGUCCCCUACUAUUUUCGAAUAAUGUCGCGGGUUCUUUUACGUCCGCUUCCAACUACAGUACAAGGACCGGAAGGAGACAAGGCCAACGGCUUAACGUCACUGCCCAAUGACGCGAUCUUCUGAACUGGGAAAGGAGUUUCACAGCUAGCAUGAUCUCACUAGCCUUUUUUAAAGACCUUGGUUGAUGGUCCGGCCAGGGUUUGAACUCACGAUCUCCCUCUCAGCAGACCGGCCUUCUUCCAACUGAGCUAACCGAUUGACUGUGCUUAUAAUUAAGGAUUAAUCCCUGAAAAUAGUGACUCCAAAUGGUUAACUUCUAUUUAGGGUCAGGGUUGUUUCUACAUAUAGCUUCAAAUUAAACCUAUUCUUGCCAGCAAAUCCUCAGCGGCGUAGUGGUAUAGUUGAUGGACUGUAAGUCUUUUUCUGCUCAGUAAAGCGAGGGUCCGUUCAAGAAUUUGGCUUUUGUGGUUUCUAAUUUACCGAAAUCAUCAAUCAAAAUAGCCUAUCAUGAGCCGAAUAGAAUGGAGAAGAGUCCGAUGGUCACACUUUGAAGUAGUAACAGCUAGACGGCUUUAUCACUCAACGUAAAGAGCAGUGAAGUUCUGGAAUCUGGAGAGACCAUCAGAACUGUAAUAUAAGAGAUCUAGUUACUUUAGAAGAUGUUAGCAGAAAUGUACAUACAAGUUUUUCUGCAGCAGAACACAUACGUUCGCUUGGUAAUUAUUACUAUAUUUCCUGAUGUAAAUUGGUAUGGAUUAUUAAUAACUUUCAGUGGGUCAUUCAUAAUGCUGUACUGCACUUUUAAAAACUAAAAAUAUUUUAUCUCACAAUUAUCUAAUGUAUGAAAAGUGAAUUUUGUGUACUUUAAUCUGAGGACUUGAAUAUCUAGCCGCGAUUUUUGAAAACGUUAUCGCUAAAUGGACCUUUUGCGUCCAACAGUUUUUUUUUCCGAUCAAAAACGAUCUCCAAAGUAGCUAUUACAAAAACUGAGAGUGCAACCCUUGCUUUUUUUCUUCUCCUCCUUUCCUUCCCCGCGCUCAUUGUUUUUCUCCUUUCCUUUGCCUGUGUUACCAUGAUUUUGGAGCUUCUCGGGCUUAAGAAACCUGCCUUUUGACGCCUUUUCACUCAAAUGACUGAAAAUUUCGUUAGGUUGGUAUUCAAAGAAUCGGUUAGAUAUGCAUUUAGAUUUACAAAACAAUGUCUAUUUAAGUCCUAAAUCUGGUCCUCAGACAAGAGCUGACCAGAAAUUAAAUGGAAAACAAAGUACCACAAUUUACAACACAGUUAAACAAAUUUGUAACACAAUGUAAUAGACUAUUUGUUUUGUAUGGUGACCCGGACGUAAUGAAAUUAACGCUCCAUGAAAUUAAGAUAUUGGAAAUAAACGCGACCUAAAUAUCAUCAACAGGCUUAAAUACAAAAAAAACCAAAGUGUCCUCAGAGUGAAAUACAGUCGGACUUCCACACAAUGGCGACCUCUCUAAAACGGCCACUUUUUUGGCGGACAGUCCACACACUGACUCUUGUUUAAACCUCUCUAUAACGGCCACUUUCUUCUGUCCCCAAGGUGGCCGUUGUGGAAAGGUUCAACUGUAGCUGUCUUCUAGAACAAGAAGCCCUUGAUUGGCUCCUACUCGAACCCCAUUCUCGUCCCCAGAGCUCGUCGUUUCUUUUGGGCACAUGGUCUUGAAACGAGGAACUCGCCACUGGUCCGUUACAAAUUAAGCCGAGUCGCCCUAAGGACGAGAAUGGCUCGAACCCAUGGACUGUCAACGCUAUUUUUAAAACAGAAGUGAUCGAAUGAAGGUUGAGAACAGAGGAAAAAUGGGUAAACACGUGUACAUGAACCAAUCCCCGAGGGCUUCCAUAGCUAUAUGUUCGAUGUACUAUUCCUUCCUUCCUCUUUCCGUAAGCAACAAAGGAAGUAGGAGAUGUCUGCGCGCAUCGCGAACGUGCUAUAACUCUGGUGAUAGCUAAAGCAAUUAUAGUGAAGAUAAACAACGAAGCAUUUUCCUCAGCACGACCCUUAAUCAUGAAUUAAGUCUAAGUUCCGGCGAAACUUGAACUGAAUCUUUCAUUAUCUUCCUUAUGAUUGGUUUAAACCACUGUAAACUAAUAGCUGGUGAUUGUGACAGCAGGAAAAAGCAAGGAUGUUCAACGAAACAUAAUAAACGUAGUAGAGCGAGAGUUGUACUCACAAGCACCAUGAUUCAUUUUAUCUCCUUUGUGUUCUUUGUUUCGAUUUUGCUGUCGAUCGAUUCGAUCGCAGCCCAAACACAGAAUCAGUUAGGUUCAAAAGGUGCCCAGCAGUGUACAAUCAAUAACAACUUCUACGCCGGACCGAAUAAGAAAGUCGAAACUAUGAUGUUUGAGAUGAAGAAGCAACUGGAUGAAAUUCAGAAGGAGCUUAGGAACUUAACGCAGAAAACAAAGAAAGAAAGCAAGACUAAAGGUAGCUAUCUAGAUUUGUUGCUUAUUUUAUAUCAUUUCUGCAAAUGAAAUCGAAAAGCAACGUACCUACGUAUACAUUGGGUUGUAAAAUAUUUAAUGCUCCUUUUUAAUACGGACACCUCUCUAUCAUACGGGCAGUUGUCUUAUCCCAAAGAUGUCAAAGUUGGCUUUGCCGUUGAGAAAGGUCUCGACUUGUGAUUUCUUAUCUUUUACCCAUUUAUGAUAAAAUAUCUCUAAAUUAUUCUUUACGCGACUAUUGCCUAGACUGCCUAAGACUGAUAACCCAUUCAGAAAGUGGGACAAAGUUUAUGGCAUCCUCAAAAGAUAUUGGUUUUUUGUCUCGAAAAUGGCGUACGUAUAGUUAAGACUAAGAAAGGAAAGCGCAAAAAACUGAUUGCUUGUUAUUUUUCAAAAAUUAUUACUUUAAUCAUGCAGAGUUUUUUUCUCCCAGCCCAACCGCAAAAGCGGAAACGAAACUACUGCGUCAGCUUAACUUUAUUAUGGGCUUUUUAUCAGUUAACGCAUAUGAUAAAUAAAUGAAGUUUUUUUACGUGCAUGGUCAACUUCCGGGGGUGGGGGGUGGGGGUACUCCCUAUAAUGGCCUAAGCGGGGAGGCUCCGCACAAGGAGAUACCAUUUUCAAGCCUCAGUAUAUGACUCGGGGUAUGGAUCUCACUAGUUGAAGCAUAUGAAACGGUAUGGAAAUCUAUCAUUUCGGACUGUAAAAAGACCCAGAAGGGUAACAGAUGCAUUUUAUCAUGGCUGUGAAAAAGUCGAGAAAACGGACUGGUUUUGUGAUUUAUUCACAUUUUAAAGGCAGUACAUUUACAGCAGUUAGUAAAAGGGAUUCAAGGUUCUAAACUAAGUGUGCAAAAGAGGUACCAUUUGUCAAUAGAGGGUAUACAAAAAGGGUACAUUUUCUGUCAAAAAUGGUAUAUAAAAGGGUAAGGGGUUGGACCUCGGGGCAGAGCCUCCCCGUAUAAAACUUUCUUGAGUACCCCCGGAAGUCGGAUAAGUCGGAUAAGGUUCUGUUUGACACUAAAUUAAAUUUUUCUUUCUCCUUUCCUUCUUGGUAUUGUCCCUUAGCGAUCCAUUAUCGCAAAAACUGUGGUGACGUGUACAAGUCAGGUGACAGGAUCAGCGGUGUUUACACAAUCGACCCGGAUGGUUCAGGGGCCUUUGACGUAUACUGUGAUCACAGUGCCCCCGGUGGAGGGUGGACAGUGUUCCAAAAGAGAUUGGACGGCUCGGUUGAUUUCUCCCGCGGCUGGAAUGAUUACAAGCUUGGCUUUGGUAACCUGAAUGGCGAGUUUUGGUUGGGGCUGGAUAUACCAAGAGUGAACGUUGCAAACUUCGUGUGGAUCUCGAAGACACCGCGGGAAAGACAGCCUAUGCCGAGUAUGACAUGUUUGCUGUAA